CAGGACCGUCCCCGGCAAGGAAGGAGGCGCCGCGGCCGUCCCUGGCAGAGAAGGCGGUGCCGCGGCUGUCUCCGGCAAGAAAUGCGGCGCCAUGGCCGUCUCCGGAAAGGAUAGGGGCUCUACUAGAUCAAAAAAGCCCAGAAAGUCUCAGAUAAAGCCUUACCCGCCCCAGGCGCCUUGCCGCUUCCAACGCCCUCCCAAUUGUGACGCGGGCAUGCAGGUCCGUCCCCGGGCGUCCCCUUUCAACAUCGUGUGUUGCAAGUUUAGCGAGGUGUUUCACAACAAGAAUGACAUCUGCACCUAUUUGUCAUACCGUGUGUCUGACGCGGUCAGGUUCAGGCUGGAGCAUCUCGAGACAGACGGGAGAAACACUAUCAUUGUGCUCCACUGCCCAAAUCAGCGGGUGGCGCAGCGUCUGCAGGAGGAGCUUCUACAUGGAAAUGCUGCGUGCCCCACGCAGGUGUUGUGCUUCGACUCCCUGUACGCGGCGCGGCACGGUGAACGUGCCAGACCACUGAGGGAGUUGCAGAAUUCAUACGAACUUCACCUGGACCAGAUAGUGAGCAGGGCACAGAGGGUGCUGGCCAGUCACUAUGACAAAAUGGCUGAGGUGGAGGAGCAGCUAAGGGAACUGCAGCAGGGAAAAAAGAACCUGUCAUUAGUGGAGUUCUCUGAGCGCCUCAAGUCCCUCCGGGCGCUAGAAGACCGCCUUCAGGAGCUGGAACUGCAGAAGAUUGAGUUCCAGCAACACUUGGAGGAUGUCCUUGCCCGCCUGCAAAGUGCCAGGAACACGCAGAACUUUGAGGCCUUGGCCAUUGGGCUGAGGAAAGACAUGGCCACGGAGUGCAACAGGCUGGCCAAAGCCUUUCCAAUCUAUGCGCGAAGAAGGGACAUCGUCACCACUGUGAAGCAGAACCAGGUGUGCAUCAUCAUCGGUGAGACAGGGUCUGGCAAGAGCACCCAGAUGGCCCAGUUCUUCAUGCAGGAAGACGUGGCGGGGAAAGGCUUGGUGGCAUGCACUCAACCACGGAAGAUUGCUGCCACCAGCCUGGCGACACACGUUUCCAUGGAGAUGGGAUCAGAGGUGGGCUGCCUGGUGGGUUACAAGGUGGGCAUGCAGACCAGGAAAUCGGAAAGCACCAGGAUCCUCUACAUGACAGACCAUGUGCUGCUCAAUGAGUGUUUACAGGACCCUGCACUGUCACACUACUCAUGCGUCAUCAUUGACGAGGCGCAUGAGCGCAGCAUUUACACAGACCUACUGCUGGGCAUGCUGCGGACCUGCCUGCGGACACGGCCUGACCUCCGCCUCGUCAUUACUUCCGCUACCAUAAAACCCGACGUGUUUGUUCGUUACUUCGGCAAGUGUCCGGUGGUGAAGGUGUCUGGCCGCAUGUUUCCAGUGGAGGUGGAGUGGCAGGAAGUCCAGAAUGGCGUGGACAGCUUCGACAAGUACCAGGAGGCUGCGGUGCGCAAGGCGGUGGAGGUGCAUUGCCAGGAGGGGGAGGGCGAUGUGCUGGUGUUCGUCACCUCGCCAGCAGAGACAGAACGCUGCUGCCAGAUGUUCCGUAACCAGCUGGAGGGCCGCCGAGAGGAUUAUGUAGUGCAGCAGCUGCACGGGCGGCUACAAAAUGAGGAACAGCAGCAGGUGUUCCAGCCGGCGCCGGAAGGUCGGCGCAAGGUAGUGUUUGCCACCAACAGUGCUGAGACCUCCGUCACCAUCCCUGGUGUGAAGUUCGUCAUCGACACGGGCCUCGUCAAGGAGAUGAAAUACGACCCUGUGCGGCGGAUCAGCAGCCUUAGCGUCACUCUAAUUUCACAAAGUUCAGCAUGCCAGCGUCAAGGGCGCGCUGGCCGCCUUGGCCCCGGCAAAUGCUUCCGCUUGUACACUGAGCAGGACUAUAAGAGCAUGGCGCCUGAUGCACUCCCAGAGAUUCUGAGGGUGCACGUGGGCCACGCCAUGCUCAAGCUGAUGGAGCUGGAUGUUGACCCAAUGAAGUUUGAGUAUGUUGAGGCGCCUUCAACAGAUGCUUUAGAGACGGCCCUGGCGUCGCUACAGGCCCUCGGGGCAGUGGCCGAGGGACGCAUCACCGACCUGGGGAGAUGGGUCGCCAAAAUGCCCUUUGACCCCCGCUUUGGCGUGCUGGUGCAUAACGCCGUGCAGGCUGGAGCAGGACUGGAGGCUAUUGUUGUUGCAGCGACCAGCGGCUGCGGCCCCGUGUUCUACCGCGGCGGAUCUACCAUAGAGAAGGAAACGGCAGACAGAAAGAAGGUUCCUUUCUGUCAUGAGGGUGGUGACCAGCUGACAGCACUCAACGUAUUCCGCGAAUGGUACACGGUGCCAGAGAGGAACCAGGGCCGCUGGUGCCUCACGCAUGCCACUAAUGGCAAGAUUUUGCGUGCUGUACGAGAAACCACCCGCGAAGUACUGCACACGCUUGACAAAGAGCUGGGUGUUCAAAUUCCCUUCAGGUUCGGUGACGCCCGCACUGUGGACGUCACGCUGGCGAGGCUGCUGUUCCGCGCGCUGAGCUCCAACCUGAGCUACUACCUGGGCCACCCAAAGGCAGGCUACGCCCCUGCGUUCAAAGAGCAGCGUGUGGACCUGCAUCCAUCCAGUGCCCUGCUGCCCCUGGGUUCCCAUCCCGAGUGGUUGGUGUUCGAACAAGUAAUGCGCACCUCGAGUGAUUUCGCCAUGCAGGUAACGCCCGUGCAGGAGUGUGCAGUGGUGCAGGCGGUGCAGGACGGCUGGCUGCAGUUGGACGUGGAGGCUGCCAAGAAGAAGAAGUUGGUCGUGGCGUGUCGCGAGCUGGUGGGGCCACAAAUGAUCCGAGAAGUGGUGGGGCCGCGAUACUCGCUCCUGAGGAACUUUGAGGAAAAGCUGAAUGCUGCAUACCCGGGCUGUGUGGUGGUGGUGGAGGCUGACGUGCAGAAGGGUGAGCUGCGGGUGCUGUCGUCUCAGCAGCACCAGGACUCCCUCUCCCAAAGCUUCAAAGACGUGGUGCCGCCGCUGCGGGCCAAGUUCAGGGCCGAGGAGAGCGAGGAGUCCGUCAGCAGAUCCGAGCAUGGUGGUGUAAGGGCAGUAGUGGGCGCGGGGGGCGUGGUAACAGACUUGCUCAUGCCCACAGAGUACACCGCCGUGAUGGUGAACUGCCGCCUAGAUGUCAUACAGGAGCUCUCUGAGAGGGAAGUGGCCGCGGCCCUGGGCAAACACGGGGCUGUCAAGGAGUGCACAAAGUUCCUUCGUAAGAACAACAGGUCAACACUAUGGGGCAAAGUGGUGUUCGAGGGGCGCGAGGCAGCAGCCGCCGCCGUGGAGGAAAGUUACGACGGACAGAUGAGGGAGAAGGAACGUCGCUUACAAGAGAGUGGAGAUGACUCAUAUGAGAAGGAAGAAUCUGAUGACAGUGAUGACCUGCAGCUGAAUGUCCGACCCAACGUGCGAGCAGCGGGGCGCCCUGACGCUGCUUUCACUGCCAAGAUCCAGUGGUGUCGGCGGCCGUCCCGUGGUUUCGGUUACGUGUCCUUUGUCAACGUUGAGGACUUCAUGCGGGCUCAGACUGAGUUUGGCAAUCGGUUCAUAACUGUGGGCGAGUCUCGCGCCUUAGUAAAGAUCGCCCGGAAGGAGCCGCAGAGCUUCCACGUCAGUAAUUUUGGGCCACUUGUCACGGAGGACGUGCUGCGCGCCGCCUUCGCGGAGAAGCUAGACCUGCACCCGACUCGUGACCUGACCAAGGUGGUGGUGGUAAGGGUGCAGAAGCCCCAGAACACAGAAGAGCGCCUCAUAUGCCAAAGGCGCCUCAGACUCGAGAUAGAGAACUUUGCGCCGCGAGAAAGCUUCCAUCUGGAGGUGCGGGAGCCUCGCAGUGACCGUGACGUCAAUUUCAUCGGGUUCUGCAAGUUUGAUAAUCCUGAGCAGGGCCACGCCGCCUGUGUCGCCAUUGACAACAACUUCCGCAUAAAUUCCGACACCGUGGUCACCAUGAGACCAAACAUCCGCAGCUCGCUGUUCGUGCACGCCGACGUGUACGCGCAGUGCGGCCAGCAGCUGGAGGCCCUGGUGCAGGAGCUGGAGGGCGGCGACGUGCGCCUUGAAAUCAAGAAGCUCAGAAGUAAUAACGUGAUCGUGACGUUGUUCAGUGACAGCGUGGCGGGGGUGGCCCUCGUCCGUGCCCGCCUCAAGCAGCUGGUGACGGGUGACGUGGUAGAGUGUGGCAACAGUCCCGCCUCCGUCAUCCUUUUCUCCCACGAGGGCAGGAGGCUCCUGAGAGAGGUCAUGGACCGCACACACACGCUGGUGCUGACUGACACGCGCCUCAGGACGGUGUCCAUCCACGGACCAGCGGAACAGCGGAAGAUUGCCCGCGGCCACAUCACGGAUCACCUGCGAAUGCUGGCUGACCACCGCGACACCCUGCAGCUACGGGGAGCCGGCCGCCCGCCAGGCCUCAUGAAGGCGCUCAUGAUGAAAUAUGGCGGCGACCUGGAAGAUCUGCGAAUCUCGGCGGGUCUCGGGGCAGUGACCCUCAACCUGCGGUACCACCUGCUGCGCCUGUACGGGCCUCGGCAAGCUGUGGAGAAGGCCAGCCAGGCGGUGGAGGCCUUGGCGGCAGCCCUGCCCCAGGAAGUGACUGAGCCAGACGAGGAGCAGCCCGACUGUGCGGCAUGUCUGUGUCCCGUGGAGGCCGCCGCCCUGCGCCGCCUGGAGUGCUGUGGCCACGCCUACUGCCUCGAGUGUCUGGCGCAGCAGGUGAACACAGCACUCACCAGCAGGACUUUCCCUGUGGAGUGUGUGCAGGACGGGUGCGGCGCUCUCCUGGUCUGGCGGGAUUUCAUCAACCUGUCCCGCGAGGGCCACCUGACCCUGGCACGCCUGGUGCAGGCUGCCGUAGCGGCGCAUGUGCAGGCCCACCAGCAGGCCCUGCACUAUUGCAUCACGCCGGACUGCCCUGUCGUGUACCGCACCACCGCGGAGGGCGCCCUCUUCGUGUGUCCGGAGUGCGAGGCACGAACGUGCUCGGCGUGCCACGUGCUGUACCACGAGGGCCUGACGUGCGCCAUGUACCGCAGCGCCGAGAAGGACGGAGGCCUGGACGGCUGGAUGAAGCAGGACGCAGGCCGCAGGAAGGUGUGCCCCAGCUGCUCCACGCCCAUCGAGAAGAUAGAGGGAUGCAACAAGGUGACGUGCAUAGCCUGCAGGAAGGUGCUGUGCUGGCAGUGCCUAGCAGUUUUCUCCAACGAGGACGAGUGCUACGGUCACCUCAGGAACGAGCACGGCGGCUACUGACCAGGGGGGGAGGGACGGAGGGUAGGUGGAGUGUACCACUAUAAUGAGUCAAUAAAGGCGUGAGUGUUACCCAUGUGUUGUAACCUGACACAACAGAGCCCGGCCAUGCAACACCUGGCAUGCUGGCAACAGUACUGUGUUGCUGAGAGGGGGGAGGGAAGGGAGCAGUAGUAUAGUGGUAGUAAUAGUAAUAAGAAGUAGUUGUUAGAGAGGGAAUAUGGCAAAGAUAAUAACAAGCCAGCAAUAACACCGUACAAGCAAAACAAGAAGGAAAAGAAGAUAAGGAAACAGAAAUGAAGAAAUACAAAGAUACCUUAGAUGGCAACAAUACGCGAGGAUUUUAAUAACCUUUCCCCUCACCUUAAUGCAUCAAGGUGCAUAGACGGUGAAAGUAAAUAGGCGUAAGGAAUUUAAUUAGGAACUCUUAUCUUUAUAGAA